AGCCGAAACACCCAGUCGCUGCGAGAGAUGGAAGCACCAUCGCCCUCGCCUUAACAGGCGGUAUUGGAGGAAGUAGCGAGGCUGAGGAUUACGAGGGGGGGGAGAGAAUACGACGAAGGAGAAUGGAAAAGCCGAGGAAGUACGAGAAAAAGAGCGGGCAAAGAGGACCACCAAUAGGAAGAGACCGCAUGGAUCCGCGGAUGCUCCAUGGGGAAGGGAACGGAGAUGAGAAGGAAGGAAGGAUAACAGCGGAACAGCAUAGUAUUGGAGGAAGUAGCGAGGCUGAGGAUUACGAGGGGGGGGAGAGAAUACGACGAAGGAGAAUGGAAAAGCCGAGGAAGUACGAGAAAAAGAGCGGGCAAAGAGGACCACCAAUAGGAAGAGACCGCAUGGAUCCGCGGAUGCUCCAUGGGGAAGGGAACGGAGAUGAGAAGGAAGGAAGGAUAACAGCGGAACAGCAUAGUGACGAAAAGAGAGAGGGAGUAGGGAUGACUAAAAGCAGUAGCCAGGCCGUGAAGAAACACUUCAGGGAAGUGGGAAUCAGUGGGCAAGCCGAUAAGGGGAACAAAAAAUGUGUAUGCAAUUACUGCGACAAGCCCGUGGCUGGGACGGCCAGCAGGGCAAGGGAACAUUUCCUCAAGGGGUCGAGAUGCGACGUUGGGCGCCUCAGAGCUACUAUACCAAAAGAGGAGUACUUGAGGAGGGAGAAGGGUAGGUCGGCUGCCAGGUCCGAGUUGGGGGCGAAUAUGGGAGAGCCCGAAAUGGAGGAGUCAUCGGAGGAUGAGAAUGCUCCGCGGACGUCGGGAGGAGUUCUGGAUCCAUCAGGGUCUGCGGCAGGGCUCCACCAGAUGAAUCCGCGGACGUCGGCGGCAGGAGUUGUGGAUCCAUCGGGGUCUGUAGUUGGGCUCCGCCAGACAACGAUCACGGACAGCGCUGCUGUCAUUACGGCACACGAGCAAACGCAGCGCUCAAUAGACGACUGGAUGACGGCCGAAUGCAUCCCGUUCAACAUGAUGAAGAGUGAGUACUGGGACAAAAUGGUGCACGCGCUCAUGAAUGCGCCGAAAGGCUUCAGGUACGCGAAGUUCCAAAACGCAAGGGCGAAGAGGGUCGAAGUGACAAGGGGCAGGGUCGGGAAGAGGGUGGAGGAGUUGCAACAGGAGUGGCCAACCACUGGCUGCAUGUUGGAGCUUGAUGGUUGGACAGAUCGCCGACAAAGACCACACAUCAACGUGAUGGUCUCCUUCCCUAAAGGCUCCAUCUUUUGGAGAAGUGUGUGUAUGUCACGGCACAACAAGGGCACCUCAGCAUACUACACCAUUCUGAAGAGGGCGUUAGAGGAGAUAGGUGCGGAGGCAGUGGUGGGGGUCAUUAUGGACAGUGCUGCUGUUUGCGCAGCCGCGGGGCGAAUGAUUGAAGCAGAUUACCCUCACAUCUUCUCUGUCCCGUGCACAGCACACUCCCUCGACUUGAUGUUCGAGUCUUUCGCGAAGAUCGGGUGGGUCGGUGCAAUUAUGAAAAGGGCAUCAGAGCUUGCAAAGUCCUUCACAAACCAUUCGCGGGUGCGGGACCUCCUGAUCCACUACUCCAAUGGCGGUGUAGUGUCAAAACCGGGUGCGACCCGAUGGAACCAGAGUUUGUUGGAUGCGUUGAUCAAGAAGCCGAAGGCCGAUAAGGGUUCACCGCAAUGGGAAGAGGAUGAACCGGUGGAAGAUCUCACACGGGAUGAGAUGGCCAAGGAUGCACGGAUGCGGUUGGCGGAGUGGUGUGCCUGGCUGCACAGAACAGAGCCUGUUAGUGAUGCAGGUGAGAACGAUGACUCAGGCUCCGACGACGACGACAAUCCYGUUGAAGCACCACAAAUGCCUAUUCCAGAGGAGGUCACAAUCCAACGUCAUCGGCUGCGCAGCAAUCUGCUUGAACUCGAGAGACAACUCAACGAGUCGUGGAGGAAGGCCACAAAGGCUUCCAAGUUUCUGGCCCGGCAACAUUUGCAUGAGUUGGAUCACGCCACGAGGACCAUGACCGUUGAGCAUGCCAACAAAUACAAAGCUGCCAGGGCAAUUGCAUGUGCACCGCCCUCGAUCCCGGCCAAACAAGGGAGAGGGAGAGCUCGGAAGGAGGUUGCAACUCGAGGCGGGACAGGUGAUGAGGAGGCUCAGGACGUGGAAGUUGGCAGUUUGGCAGAAGGUCCUGCACCCGCACGUCUCACAAGAAAGCGGCGUCGACCGCAGAAGCAGCCCGUGCAAGAGGAGGAAGUAGCGCCAGAAGGGACAAGCUGCGAUGAAAGUGGUGGCGGCGCUGAUGAAAAUGAUGGCGGCAGCGACGAAAGUGAUGGCAGCAGCGAUGGUGACGAUGGCAGCGGCGAUGGUGACGACGGGAGCGGUGGCUGCGAUGGGACUGAUGGCAGUGGCAAGGAGGACGAAGGCGACGAGAAAGAUGGUUGUUCGUCGGAGGAAGAGGGCGACUCCGAAUCAGAACCCCUGUCUAAAUUGCGCAAGACAUCCCACUGACGCGCACGCGCGUCUGUGUGUGUGUGUGUGUGUGUGUGUGUGAGAGAGAGAGAGAGAGAGAGAGAGAGAGAGAGAGAGAGAGAGAGAGCACUGACAGUGCUGGUAGUCUGAACACUCUUCAAGUUCAAACUUCUAAGUUAUUUAAACUUUUUCAAACUUUUUUUGAUUUUUUUUUUUUUUCUGCUUUUUUAGUCUUGUGCCUGCUUUGCACUGUUCAGAACUCUGCAUGUUUGGUAGUUCAAUCUGGUUGUUGAUUUGCGGCACAACAGGUGCUCUGCUGCUCCGAAGUGCAAAGCAGGUAAGUCCCUGCCAACACCCCCUCCACCCCCUGCACCUUUUGGUCCGGACAUCCCCGGACCUCGGAUGCAUGUCCGGACUGUCCGGUGUCCGGAACAC